UUUCUGUACUUUUUGAGCUGCGUAAGAUUCAAGCCACAGACGAGCACCCGGAUCAGGUGUGAGGCAUCCGGUGGACCGAGGAAGAGGAGGAGGAGACUGUAGGAAAGAAAGGUUACAGCAGAACGACGGGAUUUAAACACAGGACACUUGUUCUCUGGAGGACACACUGAAACAAAGGAGCAAGUUGGUCUAGGGAAGAAGAGAGGAGAUGACGGCCAGCACUUUUCUCCUGCUCUUCACUCUGUCUCUCACAAGUAUCAGGGCAGAGAAUGCAGAGGAGCGGCUGGUGAACUACCUGUUGGGACCGGAGCGCUACAACAAACUGAUCAGACCAGCGGUCAAUAAGACCCAGCAGGUCACCAUCUCCCUACAGGUGUCUCUGUCGCAGCUUAUCAGCGUGAAUGAGAGAGAGCAGAUCAUGACGACCAACCUGUGGCUGUGUCAGGAAUGGAACGACUACAGGCUGAGAUGGGAACCAGAAAAAUAUGAAGGCAUCAAGAAACUACGAAUUCCAUCCAAACUCAUCUGGCUUCCUGAUAUAGUGCUCUACAACAAUGCCGAUGGUGUCUAUGAGGUCUCCUUCUAUUGCAACGUGGUGGUCUCCAACACAGGGGACAUUUUUUGGCUCCCGCCGGCAAUCUACAAAUCGGCCUGCGCCAUCGAGGUGCAGAACUUCCCCUUCGACCAGCAGAACUGCACACUCAAGUUCCGCUCCUGGACCUACGACCACACGGAGCUGGACCUUAUCCUCACCAGUGACUAUGCCAGUCGCGACGACUUCACGCCCAGUGGAGAGUGGGACAUCGUGUCGCUGCCGGCACGCAAAAACGAGGACCCAAACGAUAUCACCUACCUAGACAUCACCUACGACUUUGUCAUCCAGAGGAAGCCCCUGUUUUAUACCAUCAAUCUGAUCAUCCCGUGUGUGCUGAUCACAUCGCUGGCCAUCCUGGUUUUCUACCUGCCGUCUGACUGCGGCGAGAAGAUGACGCUGUGUAUCUCGGUGCUGCUGGCCCUCACUGUGUUCCUGCUGCUGAUAUCCAAGAUAGUGCCACCAACCUCUCUAGCAGUACCACUCAUCGGUAAAUACUUGAUGUUCACCAUGGUUCUGGUCACUUUCUCCACCGUAAGCACCGUCUGCAACCUCAACGUACACCACCGCUCCCCCUCCACCCACCACAUGCCCGGCUGGGUCAAACGCCUCUUCCUAAUCCAGCUGCCCACCUUCCUCUUCAUGAGGCGCCCAGGCUCUUCCAAGGUCCGCAACAAACUCCGUCAGAAGUACGCCGACCGAAGUACGGUCAGGAAAAGCCGUUCCCAGAGCUGCAUAGAGACGAGGCAGUACUCCAACAUCAGGCUCGGCGGGAUCCCAACAGACAGUGACUCUAUCUACGUGAACGAGGAAAUGGCCCACAGGUUUUGCUGGGGAGCGGGCGACACCCCAGAUGGGGGCGGUGUUUUUUCAGACUUGCAGAGGUCUUUGGAUGGUCAAUGUGAUGCCGAUCUGGAGGAAGCUGUGGAUGGAGUGAGAUACAUCUCCGAACAUAUGAAGACAGAGGACUAUGAUGAAGGGAUCAUUGAGGACUGGAAGUAUGUGGGUAUGGUGAUAGACCGUCUGUUCCUGUGGAUCUUCAUCUUGGUGUGUGUGGUGGGAACACUGGGGCUCUUCAUGCAGCCACUGUUCCAGAGCUACAACACGCCCAAUGCUGACGACACUGAGAUUCGCGAUUUCUAGGAUUUCUUUGGAGCUGAAUAUGGAAACAGCUAAGUCAGCAUCUCUCAUAGGAACUUUGACGGAGAACACCAGCUGAGAGUGGAAUCAAUGCAUCCGGCUGCACGAGCUGUGUUUGAAGCAGUGGACGUUUAAUGCUGGAACACUUUUAUUUUUAUACUGCAUGGUUUAUUGUUUUUGGACUAUGUAUUCAUCGAAGCUCCACCAUCUUCACAAGCAUGACGAUCUUAAGAUAUUUUUUAUAACUUAGAACUUCUAUCCAGGAACAUUAUUGUCAAGCAAAGACAAGGUCUGUGCACAGUUUUAGACACAAUAUAUGAGUAUUUUCCUUAGCUUUAACUUUCACAAUGUACAGAACAAACCACAAACCUCAAAAAUAGAAAAAACAGCUGGUAAUUCUUAUCCUGUAAGAGUCCUGCUGUCCCCUGCAGGAUUGUUCAUGUGAAAAAUGAGACUUUAUAAGAGAUUAUACCAAUUAUUCAUGUUGGCACAGUACACUUCUCGAACUAAGUUUCAUCAUAACAAAGCAAAGGUACUUUGUUUUCUCCACCUUUUUUAUAUGAAUGCAUCUCUCUCUCCCUCUCUCUCUCUCUCUCUCUCUCUCUCAUUCUGCUUCAGCGCUUUGUGCCUCAUUUCCACCAUCCGUCUUCAGAGUCGUGUUGUUCCCCUUAAUGCUUUGUCUUACAUAAAAAAAAGUUCUUUCCUCACUUGCACUCUCUUAUUUGAAAAACAUUUUCGCAGUAUUUUUGCCAUUUAAAAUAGUGAGGCCUGUUGGAAAAAGAAAAUGUGGUGAAAUGAAAAUGAAAAAAGACAAUAAUGACGUGAAGAUGGAAAAAAAAAAGUGGAUGAAGAUGUAAACACACAUAUUUACACAUAUUUAUACAUAUACAUUGAUCCACAUUUCACAAUGACUGUACUCUAGGACAACAAGCUGUGAGUUUUAUUUUGGGCUGCUUUUCUCUCAAACACGAGUUUAUUAAGUUUUUUACUGUCUUUUCUGGUUUAAGUCAUUUUCACAUAGACAUGUCAUCGUAAGAAAAGCCCAGAUGUAAAUGAUCAAAUCAUGCCAUAAAUAAAGA